UGCCAAUUCCCCAAGAUGCGUCGCCUCAAUGAUUUCUGCUUCUCCCUCAUCCUCCCCACGACCAUCCUGCUCCACCUCUUCUGGGCCCCCUACACCAAGGUCGAGGAAUCCUUCAACAUCCAAGCCGUCCACGACAUCCUCGCCCACGGCAUUCCCACGGCCAACGUCCAAGAAAGCCUCGCCGCCAACUAUGACCACGUCUCGUUCCCGGGCUCGGUGCCGCGCACCUUUGUCGGCGCCCUCGUGCUGUCCGGCCUGUCGCGCCCAUUCGUGCGCUUCCUGACCUCGCCCGCGCAGGUGCAAUUGCUCGUCCGCGCAAUCCUCGGCCUCUACAACGCCGCCGCCCUGCUCGCCUUCCGCGCCGCCAUCGCGCGCGUCUUCGGGCCCCUCGCCGGCAACUGCUUCGUCGUGCUGCAGGCCACGCAGUUCCACGUCAUGUACUACGCGUCGCGGACGCUGCCGAACACGUUCGCGCUAGGGAUGAGCACGCUGGCGCUGCGGGCGUACCUGCUCGCCUCGUCGGCUGCAACCCCGGCUCCGUCCCGCCGCCGCAGCCUCCGCCUCGCGCUCUACCUCCUCACCGCCGCCGGCGUCGUCUUUCGCUCUGAGCUCGCCCUCCUCGUCGCCGCGCUCGUGGCCUGGGACCUCGCCAAGCGCGUCGCCGCCGCCGGCUUCCCCGGCGCGACGAGCUACCUGCGCCUCGCGAUACCCGCGGGGCUAGCCGGCGCGGUCGUCGGGCUCGCCCUCUCCGUGCCCGUGGACACGUUUUUCUGGCGGACGUGGCCGACGCCGCUGUGGCCCGAGUGGGCCGCCUUCGCGUACAACACGCUGCAAGGGCGGUCGGCGGACUGGGGCGUCUCGCCGUGGCACCACUACUUUGCGAGCGCGCUGCCGCGGCUGCUGUUGAACCCGCUGACGUACGGCGUGCUGUUGCCGCUCGCGCUCGCGAACCCCGCCUCCCGCGCCCCGGCCCGCGACCUCGUGGUGCCGAGCCUGGGGUUCGUGGCCGCCUUCUCCGCCCUGCCGCACAAGGAGUGGCGCUUCAUCGAGUACGUGGUGCCAGCAUUGACGGGGGCCGCCGCACCCAGCGCGGCGUGGCUGUGGGCGCGGCGGGCCAAGACGCCCGCGUACAGGCUCGCGGCGCUGGCGCUCGUGGCCUCUGUGCUCGCCUCCGCCGCGGCGAGCGCCGCCCUCCUCGCCGUCUCUGCCUCGAAUUACCCCGGCGGCGCGGCCCUCGCCCGCUUGCACGCCCUCGCGGCGCAAGAUGACGCGCUCGCUCACGCGGCCGCCGCCGGCAACGUCAGCGUGCACCUCGACAACCUGGCGUGCCAGACGGGCGUGACGCGCUUCCUGCAAGACGCGGCGCCACGGCUCGGAGCACCAAGUGGGCAAGAAUGGCGACUACGGCCCGACGGCGGCAUCGACCACUUCCCUUCUCAGCAAACGCAACAAGGCCCCAACGCGCACUGGCACUACGACAAGACCACCUCCCCCAGCACGACGCUCUCCCCCGCCUUCUGGACGCGCUUCAGCUACGUCAUCAGCGAGAACCCGGCGCUCGCGAUCGGGGCCUGGGAUGUGCAGGCUUCGGUGCGCGGGUUCGGCGGCAUAGCGAUUUUGAAGCCGGGCGAGGCGUUUGGUGAGGCGCAUGUUGGGGAUGUGAAGGCGGAUAGCGCGCCUGGGGGGAGGGUGGUCAGUUUUGUGGAACUGUUGUUUGGUGGGGGUCGGGGCGGGUGGGAUGGAAGGGGGGAUGGUGUUGGGGAGGGGGGCGUGUUGAGGAUGGUCGGGGACGUAAUUGUGGCAGGGGAGGAAUGGGUGCGGCAGCGGGUGACGCGGGGGUGGUGGGUAGGCGUUAAGAUGGUGCCGCGGCUUUUUGUGCUAGGGAGGGCGAGGAGUGGGGUCUGAUUUGGUGUGUACCCAUCUACCUACCACUUUCGCGAGUGGUUGAGAUGGUUGAGAUGGUAUGGGAUGUAUGGUUGCGCUGGGUGGUGGCUAGAGAGAGAGUGUGUGUGUGUGUGAGAGAGAGGCAGUAAAGCCAAGCCCACGCCGCCAAAAGCCCCAGCAAGUAGUUAAGUACGUACUCAGGAGAAUCAAACAGCAGAUACAGGUACAGCACCUACCUACACACCCAACCACUCAAGCGCCUCCACGUACACGCAUGUCAAGAUGCAAGCAUCAUCUCAUUUUACCUAUACCUGUAUCCUAGGUCCUCCCUACACACCCAACAAACACCCUCUCAUCUCCAUCCACUUCGCC